CUGAAAUUUUGUUUAUUGAUCUCGAAGGUGAAAUAAGCAGCGGCGAUUUAUUGCUAAACUUCAGCUAUGUGGAUGGAGAAACCGGCUGCAACUCAGUGUCCUCCGGGUCUUGAGUACUUGACUCAAGUGGAUCAGUUGUUAGUUAAACAAUCGAAAGAAAUUUGUGAGGCAAUAUUCGGUUUUGAAACGCAAAAUCGGUAUACUUGUUACAAUGUUUUGGGACAGUCUGUUUAUAGAUGUUAUGAAGAAUCUGGCUGUUGUGAACGCACAUUUUGUACAUCGUCGAGAUCUUUUACUCUGCAUAUUGUCGAUGGUACUAGUACAGAGGUUAUUGUUGCAAGACGACCAUUUCGUUGUGAUUGUUGCCCGUGUUUCGCUUGCUGUGAUUGUUGUCUAAGCGAAGUUGCAGUGGAAUGUCCUUCUGGCAAUGUCAUAGGCUAUGUGAAACAAAUGUAUAGUGGUUGUUAUCGUAAUUAUUUCAUUUUGGACCACAAUCAGAAUACGGUUCUUCAAAUUCAUGGUCCACCGUAUUGUCUAUGCGAAUGUAUUGGACAAGACAUUGAUUUUAAGAUCACUUCUGCUGAUGGUGUUGUGAAAAUUGGUAAAAUCACUAAGAAAUGGACGAAUUUCUUCCAAGAAUUGAUCACAGAUGCAGACAAUUUCGGUGUUAGUUUUCCUAUGGAUUUGGAAGUGAGAAUGAAAGCAGUUCUUUUGGCUGCUGUUUUCUUAAUUGAUUUUAUGUACUUUGAAGAUACACGACAAAAUUGGUAAUUGUUGCGUGGCGUCUAGAAACACAACAUAGGUGGAUGGAUUGAUGCCCAGUGCUGAAUUCAUCACCAUCAUCCUUUUCUGUUCACUACUCCCUCUUCUGCGCCAGCCCGCCCUUGCUUUUUUUCUUCUAUUAUUUGUUAUAAUGAGAGAAUUUUUAUUCUUUUUUAAUGUUUUUUUAUUGAUUGAUUGAUUAUGAUUUGCCUUUCUGUUUAAGAGAGAAAAAGACUAUUCUGACUGUUCUCCUUCCCCCCGCCCCGUCACUGUGUGUAUGCGUCUCCCUUUGACUUCUUUCUCUCUCCCUCUAAAAAACUGUGAUCAGAAAGAACUUUUUGUGAUACAUGUCUGUGUGUGUGUGUGUGCGCGUUGUGUGCACACUGCUUGAUGAUGAAUACAUUUCUAACUCACUUAUUUGCUUGCCCCUAUGCAGAUUGAAGAAACCGCCUUAUUCAACCAGCCUUAUUAUCUACUUAAUUGUCAUGUUUUAUGUAACCAUUCUUUCAUAUCAUACAAUUGAUUUUUCACUUUGCAUACAUAUCUAUCCCAAAGAGAAAAAGAGAGAUAACUUUGUUUUUCUACACACAUAUUAAUUAAUUUGCUCAAGUUGACAAAUAAUAAUAAUUUUAACUGGCAAUUCACACUUACUCACUCACUCACUCACUCACUCACUCAGUAAGCCCCACACUUUCUCGCCUUUCAGUUUUAACAAUACGUAACACUGAAUCAUUUGGUUUUCCCUCUUUCUCUCUGUUCUAAUAAUGACGACAUUUUGAAUAUGUUUAAUGAUUUUUUUCUCUCUCUGUCUAAAAUGUAUUCUCGCCAGUAAAACAAAAUUUAU